AUGCGCUUCCAAACCGCGGCGCUCAGCGCUCUCUUCCUCGAGUCCGCCGCAUCCUACGACUUNCCUGAUAUGGCCCAAUCGAUACUUCCAGCGCAAACAUUGGCAAAACGGGAAAACACGACGGACAUACCUCUGCCCAUCAAUGUGGAGGCAUCACAAUACUGGGACGGUGCCGAUGGACCUUGGUCUUCAUUUCCACUUCAGGUCGGCACACCAGCGCAAGACAUUCGAGUCUUCAUCUCGACAAACGGAUACACCACUUGGACUGUGAGGCCGUUAGGAUGCCAGGGUAUGGCAGGAUCAAUAUCUGGAUGCGAAGAAUCACGCGGCGAAUUCUUCUUGACCAACACAUCUUUAACAUGGGUGCCCAACUCCAUAUUCCAAUUAGGAUUGCCGAAUGAGAUGGCCCUGGGUCUUGAUGAUGAAGCAAAUUAUGGAUUCGACACUGUCACUUUGGGAUGGCAAGGCUCUGGUGGACCUUCAGUACAACACAGCACCAUCGCAAACAUGGGUUAUUACCAAUUCUGGCUUGGAACUUUUGGUCUAAAUCCGCAACCAGCCAACUUUACAACCUACACAGAUCCUCAACCAAGUUUCAUGACCCAACUGAAGAAGAACAACACUAUCCCAAGUUUGAGUUGGGGCUAUACUGCUGGCAACCAAUAUCGUGAGUUGUUUAGAAUUUCGAGGAUGACCUUGUGGCAGAUGCUGAUUGUUGAUAGGNNUUUCUCCGGAGUUUAUGGCAGUCUCGUACUGGGUGGUUACGAUCAAUCCAAGUUUGAAGCUAUUAAUUUGACAAUCCCAUUCGGUGCCGAUGUUUCAAGGGAUCUCCUCGUUGGAGUACAGUCUAUCAAGACAGGGAAUACUGGAUUGUCAAACUCUUCUGACGCAUUCUACGCCUUGAUCGACUCGACUGUUGCCUAUCUUUACUUGCCGGAAUCCGUCUGUACAGCUUUCGAGAACGCAUUCGGCCUUGUCUACGACGAAUAUUAUCAGUACUACCUGGUCAACGAUACCAUGCACACCAAUCUUCUUGCAUUGAACAAAUCAGUCACAUUCACUCUUGGCCAAUCGACAUCUGGAGGACAAACAACCGAAAUAACACUGCCUUAUGCGGCUUUUGAUCUGGAAAUCGCGUUCCCCUAUGUAGCCAACUCGACUCGCUACUUCCCUCUGAAGCGUGCUGCGAACGACACUCAAUACACUCUGGGUCGUGCCUUCCUGCAAGAAGCAUACGUUGUUGCGGAUUACGAACGUCGCAACUUCACAGUCGCUCCUUGUGUAUGGGAGCAAAACUCAGCAUCCGAGAUCCGCACCAUCUUCUCGCCAGAUAGCAAAUUCUCAUUCGACGGAAAGAGCAAGAGCAGUGGUAUCAGUGGUGGUGCUAUUGCCGGUAUUGUGAUUGGUGUUCUCGCAAUCGUCGCCAUCCUCGCCGGAGCACUCUGGUUCAUGCGCCGCAAGAAGCAACAGAAGAAGUACGCAGCUGUGGAACUGGAAGCCAAAUCCCUCGCCGCAGCACAAACACCAUCCGGGCCCUCGUCGCCCAUGAAGGAAGAUCCUCACGCAGGCGUCAGCACACCCACCCGAGGCGAGCUUGACGGCUCCAGGCAAGUUCACGAGAUCGCUGGCCCGAGUAAACCCAAUGCAGCCGAGAUGGAUGCGCCAUGGCGUGGCGAGUUAGAUGCUGCUGGUGGCCAUCAUGAGUUCUAUGGCAAGCUACCGCAAAACACCUUUGAGAUGGAAGGAAACAAUGAGCCCAUCUUCGAGAUGGACGCCACAGCGACGCAAUUGCAUGAGUUGGAGCCCGACACUAGACGCCAGAGUUGGGACUCGGGUGAUGAUAGAGGAGAUGAGAAGAGGUAUCUGCAGAUGCAAGGAUACUGA